AUGCACAAAGUAAAACUCGAGCACGGCGCGCAAUCUUAUGGAGAAAACACUGGACAUGUUUCAGCGUUAGGUUUUCUGCAGUCUCAGUACAACACUUGCCAGGAAAAACAUACUGUAUGCCGAGCAAACAUGCCAGUCGAUGCAUUCAUGCCCACAAGAUUGGUAGAUGUCCGCCAUGGCGGUGAACUCGUACACCUUCUCGAACGUCCUGAGAAAGCGUCAUAUGUCACUUUAUCACACUGUUGGGGAGGACUCAAGCCUUUUGCUCUCACCAAAAGUACAGCCACCCAGCUGAAAGAUGGCAUUCUUAUUAGCUGUCUCCCGAAGACAUUUCAAGACGCCAUUGCGGUUACUAGGAAGUUUCAAAUGCGAUACAUCUGGAUCGACACCCUCUGUAUCUUCCAAGACGACGUGGACGGACGUGAUUGGGCCUUUGAGGCUGGCCGCAUGAAAGACACCUACAAGAGAGCGGCUUUUUGUAUUGCUGCCACAGCUGCCGAGAACGGAAACGCAGGCCUGUUCUAUGAGCGAGAUCUACGAGCCCUAACACCCAUCAAAAUCAAUUUCGAACCCGGUCUUUCUUCGUCCUAUGCAACAACAUGCGGCUCGAGGUCACCUCUUGCGGGCCCUUACUGGAUUGGGUGUGAGCAGUCAACACGUGUCGCGAUUGAUUCUGCAUGCCUUAACCGGAGGGCCUGGGUAGCUCAGGAAAGGUACUUGUCACCAAGAAUCAUGCAUUUCACCCAAGAAACCUUGUUUUGGGAAUGUCAUGAGUCUUUCAGGUGCGAAUUUUCUCGCCAUGAAAUAUCAUGGGGCAACCGAGCUCAUGCAUUAAAACCCCUUAUCAGCAAUUUCCGGGAACGCUUCCCAAAUCUCGAACUUUUAGGCCAAAGAAGUAAAGUUGUCGCGGAGUCGACCAACCUCCGUAACCAAUUCUAUGAUGCUUGGCGCAAUUUUCGCACCGCAUACACGCACUGUGGAAUGAGCAAGGAAAGCGACGUUCUAGUAGCCUUGCAGGGUGUUUCACAGGAUGUUGCCGAAGUGUUGAAUGAGCGGAUGAUUGCAGGCCUUUUGGAGUCGCAUCUUGUCGCAGAACUGUGCUGGUACAACAGUUGGAGUGGGACUCUGAAGGACUCCCAUAGGCCGGCCAAAUGGCGAGCACCAAGCUGGAGCUGGGCCAGCACCAUGCUACCAAUUGGAUUUGGCAGCCUUAUCGGACUUAAAGAGCAGCAUGACAUGAUCAAGAUUAUCGACUCUCACGUGGAGAGUAGACCGUCUGGCGAGCUUAUACAAGCCUCCUUGUGGAUAGAAUGUCGGCCUCUUGCUGCUGAGAUUCGUGGUUCAUUUAUCCAUAUCGAUGGGGUUACAAGGCAGCAGUCUGGAAAUCCCACGCUCGACUCCAAUGACAGAGUAUAUGUCAUGUUGGACGAUCCAAUUCCCAAUGGCAAGGAUGAGAAGAAUAUACGCAAUGUGUAUAUAGUCAUAGUACGCCAUGUUAACGACGGAAACGGAAUCGAAGGCCUUGUGUUAGUGCCUUGCGAAGAGAUGGACGAGAAGACUUGCAACCCACACUAUCAUCACGACACUCGCGGCUUGCCCUAUCUUGAGAAAAGCGAGCGUUUCCAAAGAAUUGGCAUAUGCGACACUUCGUCGCUGAAUGAAUAUGCCGAAUACGGGAAGCGACUGCUAAUAAAACAUGAGCAAACCGAGAGCCGGAUCAUCGAGUUAGUGUGA